AUGGAGAUUGAUCAAAUUACUCGUCAAUUUCACGUAAGUUGACUUUUAUUUUAUCAUUGGCUUUUGAAUUUAGGUUGAACGAGAACAAUGGAACGUUGAGCGUGAUAAGCUUCAAAUAGCGAAUGAAACUUACUUGAAGGACAUUCGAAAGUUGAACGAGUAUGUUUAUGAUCUAGAACUGAAGGUUUUAAGGGCGGAACAACAGGUGAAGUCGAAGGAAGGGUUUUUUGAUGUUGAGAAGGAGGCUUUGAAUCGACAAAUUGAAGAUUUGAAAGGGUUGGUGCAAAGGAAGGAUACUGAAGUUGCGGAUAUUCGAAGAGAAGCUUCUGAGGUAUGUUUUCAGAUUGAUUUUAAGAGUUUAGAUUUAAUUUGAGUUUUUUUAUGGUGGAAAGUAAAUUGUGAUAGCUACCUGGGGUACAACGUCAAGUUUUUUGAAAAAACUUUUGUUCUGCAUUAAAUAUUUUUAAACGUAAAGUAAUUUAAGCUUGCUUAGAGCUUUUUUCUUGUCUUUCAAUUAUUUUCUCGUUUUGCAAAAUUGUUUUAGCUGUCUCAUGUAUAAAAUCAAAGCAUCUUCAAAGUUCUUUAUCUUCUUAAAAUAAUUAUUGUUUCAGAAAGUAUCACAAGCCCAAAAAGAGCGAGCAGCGAUUGAAAUUGAGAUUAAUUUGAAAGAUACUCAAGUGAAAGACAUUGAACGAGUUCUCCAGCUAACUCAAGAUGAGCUGGACUUGUCUCGAAAGGAAUACGAUGAGAUGAGCAACAGAAUUGAUGGGUUUUUGGAGAAGAUUGCUGCAUUUGAAGCUAGCAUUCAGACUCAAGCAGUUGAUUUUGAGCAAGAGCUGAGGAAACGAGGUAAUUUUUGAGGCAUAUUGUUUUAGGUCAUGUUAUACUUGAUUUUUUGUUGAUUUUUAAAAUUUAAGUGGUUUCCUUAAAUUUUUUGAUGGGCAGAAGAUAGCUAUGAGUGUAAUGUUGAAACAAAAGUUUAGUUCUGUUGAAUUAAAGAAUAAUGUUGUUUUAGAUGAGCAAGUGGCUGAAAAGCAAAGAACGAUUGAAAACUUGAUCCAUCAGAUUAAUGAAAGCUCUAUAUCUAUGGCAACAGACACUACAGGUGCUCCAGGUCAAUUCCAUGUUGGUAAUUUGAAUUUGCUUGAGGAGAAUGCCGACCUGAGGAAGAAAUUAGCUCAACUUAAGGCUGAAAACGAUCAUAAUGUGAAACAACGGCAUGAAUUGCUAAAAGUAAGGAUUUUGAUUGUUAUAGUAGGAUGUAUUAUGAUUAUUUAUAGUCAUUUUACCUUACGUCAUUUUUUAAAAUUUAGGAAUUUCGUCAACGCCAGCUUCGAGACCGUAGUCCUCAAUCAGAUGUGGAGAAUCUAGCUCAAGAGCGUUGUAAAAAGCUGGAAGAAGAGUUGAACGACUAUUCUUAUCGUUGUGAUGACCUUAACAGAGAACUAGAAGCUUACAAGAGAAGAAAUAAAGAGUUAGAGAAGUCGAAUUCAGAACUUAUUACUCAAUUUACCUCAUCCAUACUGCCAUUUGAUGAAUUGAUCGAUGAUAACGAAUAUCCAAAGAAGUUUAAUCACUUUAAGGAGGUUGUGGAGGAUAACUUGAGGCUACGACAGACUGUGGAGGAUCUUAGCCUUCAGCUUGGUAGGGUUUUGGGGGGUUUUAAUGGAGGAAAAGGGGGUUUUUAUAUUAUUUUAGGCGAGGUUUGGCCGAAAAUUGGCUAAAGAAAGGCUUUAUUUUGUGAUUUUUUAAAUAAAAUUUGGAAUUUUGAUAUAGCUUUACAUUCUAAGGCUAUUUUUCUAGGUAACAACCCAAUGUCCGACCCACUAGAACUUCAAGAUCAGUUCGAGCAAGCUCUGGAAGAGCUAGAUCUAUUCAAAAAGCAAGCAGAAUCUUCAAAGCAUGAGCUCGAGAACGCUCAAAAGAUGGUCGAGUACUACAAGACUAAAGUUGAAGUAGGAAACGAUUUUAUGGGUAAUGGUACUUCUGUCUCCAAGGCUGACGCUGAGCUUCAGAUUCACAAAUUGAACUGCGAAAUCAACACGUUAAAGGAUAGGGUCAAGGAGAUUUUGGACGAAAAAAUCAGGAAUGAGGAGUGGGUUUUGGUUUUUGUGAUUUAAAAUGGCGUUUUUAACUAAUUUCUAAAAAUUUUUAAAUUUGAAGAAAAAUUUGAAUUUUGAAAAAUUUUUUUUUUAAUUUGAAAAUUUUUUUUUGAAAUCUUCUAAAAAAUCAUUUUUAGAAAUCAAUCGAACGUGAUCUCCCAGAAAAACGAGCUGAUUGCCCAGCUGUACUCGACCAAAGACAGUCUUGAACUCAAGGUGAAGAGCUGUGAUGAAGCAACGGAGAAUAUGCAAUCUGAACUGGAGAAGCUGGACAAGACCAACAGAAAGAUUAAGGAUGAAAACACAAAGCUUCAGGCUUCGACUGAAGCCUACAAGAAGGAAAUCAGCCUUCUGAAUUCCCAGCUACAGGAGAAUAAGAUUGAGUGGGAGAGAUUGAGGUAAAAAGGAGGGUUAAAAUUAAGUUUUGGGGGUAUUUUUUAGUCAUUUGAUAGCUAAACGAUUGAAACAUUGACCUAAUUCGUUUCCAAUUCUCUUCCAGAACCGAGAAGAAGACGGUCGAUUUAGAGCUGUCCCAAUUCCAACGUGAAGUCUCGGACCUUCGAGCUCGCUGCCAAUCUCUAUCCGACAAUCAAACCGUCACCAAUAUUGUACUGAACGCGCUAACCGAGUUCCGCUCAGCCUACUCUCAAAUCAACGCUGAACAACUCCACUUAACACAGGCCGAGCUGGAGAACUGUCGACAAGACCGGGACUCCCUGAAUCGACUGGUCUCAAACCUUCAAAACCAACAAAUGAGCGGGGUGGAUGCGUUGAAAACGGCCUUAAGGGAUGCCAAAAUGAGCAGUGAAAGAUACAGGUCGCGAUGUGCUCAAGCUGAACAGGAUUUGGAGGUAAGGAGAGGGUGGAAAUGGCUGUGGAAUGGGGGAAAUGGUGGUUUUUGGGGGAAAAAUGAGUAGAAGUGAAAAAAGUAAUGAGCAUUGGUCGAAAAUUUGUACAGAGAAUAGAUAAGGAUAUCAAUAUCUUUUGGUUUUUGCCAAUUCUACGAACUUUUUGGCCGAAAAACCAUCAUUUUCGACCAAAAAAUCUGAAUUUAAAGUAAAAUUUUAAUUUUUUGCGAAAUUUUUAAAAUUUUCGAAUUCCAGUCCCUAAGAAGCCUUCACACCGACCUAGAGGCCAAGUACGAACAGCUCAACAAACAGCUGACCGACAUCGACUCGGCCGACGCUGAUCCAGACUCGUGCAAAAAGGAGAAUCAACACCUGAAGAACAAGAUCAUCUACUACGAGAAGCAGGCCAUUGAGAACAAUGCGGUCAUUUCGGACCUAAAAGCCCAAUUGGAAGUGGCGGACAGUCGUUUCAAUGACGCCCUGAACACGGCCGAACUCUACGAAAAAUCACUGAAAGAAAAGGACUUGAAGCUGAAGGAAGUCAGGGCCCAGAUGGAAGAGGGUCAACAGAAAUACUCGGAGGAGAUCAGUGGAAUGUAAGUUUUUUAAAAUUUUUUAUGUAUACACCAAGGAAGUACUACGGCUUCCAGAAUGUCCUUUUGGUACACUUCUUUAUUGAUUUUUACUCCAUUAUCAACAAAAAUCAAAGAAAUCUUGCCUGAAGCACAGAUACCGGCCCAAACCAUAAUGCCCCGAGGGUGUUGACGACCUGCCACGAUGGAUUAAGCUUUAGGAGGCUCUGUUGAGUAAUAUUUGUCAUUUUGGGGAGUGUAGGCCUCUGUAAAAUGUAAAUAUCCUCUCAUCUGUGAAAAGGUUUCGUUCACAUUUUUGACCAGCGGCCCGCUGCUGAAGCAGUUUACAUCCUUGUUUUCUUUAGUUAGCUUCUGAACUUUUUUGAGUUUGUACGGCUUCAUCUUAGUUUUCUUUUUCACUAUGCGCCUCAAAGUAGGGUCUUUGAUUCCCGCCUCUCGGGCCAUUUUUCGUACUGGGGUCCGUGGAUUUCGCUUGAAGCGCUUCAUGAUCAUCUGACGAUUGGCCACGGUGUUAACAGAUGCUGGACGACCACUUCUAGGUCUGUCACAGUCAUGUCUAAGCUCUUCGAAACGUUUUACGGCACUGUGGACUGUCAUUCUUGAAAUAUUCAACAAUUUCGCGAUUUUGGGGUUACUUUUUCCUUCAUUAUUUAAUUUGAUGACGGCAGCCUCAUGUUUGACAUCUAAAAACAGACAGACAGUAGACAAUGAAAACUUAACUUUUAUGAUUAUACAAUUAAAAAAACACGGAGAAUAAGCUAAAAUAAAAAGUUUUAAAUAAUUAAACCGCAAAAUUGAGAAAACGACCGGUAAAGUUUUGUAACAGAUCAUUGCGCGCACCCUGUAUUGUAAUACAUACAUGGGGAGGACCCUUCUUACUGAUGACCGGGGGUGAUUUUGUUUUUUAUUGGGAGGGGUGAUACUUUAGGGGGUUGGUUGUUAUUUUAGGUGGAGGGAUGGCAUUUUAACGGGAGAGGAGGUGGAGAUAGGUUAAAAAAAAUAUUAUUGUAGGGAAGAGGGGGGGGGGAGGCGGGGGUAGAUUAAAAAAAAUUUUGAAAAAAUGGUUAGGGGGUACUAUGUGAUUUUAAAAUUUUUUUUUCUGGUUUUUUAUUGCAUUAUCUUAUCCUUCCUUAUCCUAGCUUAAUUUACCUUAAUCUACCCUACUCUACUGUGCAUUACUCUACCCUAUUCUACCCUGCUUUACCUUACUUUAUUUUAUUUUUGCUUUACCUUUUCUUACCCAACUUUAUUUUUCCCUGCUCCUACAUUCACCUACUCAGCUUAUUAUACUCUACCCAUCUUACUAUAUAUUAUCCCAUUCUAUUGUAUUCUGCUCCAUUCUAUUCCACUCUACUCUAUCCUCCAUUGUCCUACAUUUUUUGUCAUCCCAUCGCAUAUUAAACAGUCUUAUCCAGGGACGUCGCUACGAUUUUUCUCUGGGGGGGGGGUCACCCCGAACCACCUCCCUCCCUCAAAGACGUCGCUGGUCCCGAACCACCUCCCUCCCCCAAAGUCGUCCAGUCUUGUGCUAUUCUUACUUUGGCAUUAAUAUUGUUUUGAAAUUUGAAUAUGUCUUAAAGUACUAUUUUUUUCAGUGAACGCGAAAAUCAACGCCUGCGCGGAGAGAAAGAGGAAAAGGACCGCCGUUUCAACGAAGAACUUCAAAUCUACGAAGCCAAGAUAGAAGAACAUAAGCAGAAGAUUAACGAUCUGUUCGAAGAGAAGAAUCGACUGGAAAAUGAAUUGGCUACGGCGAAUCAAAAGUUGGAAGAGUAUGGAUCACAGUUCAGCGAGACUUCUGGCGUUUUGCAGAGUGUAAGAACAGUUUUAGAGGUGGCGAGAGAUUUUUUUCAAAAUUUUUUUUUGGGCGUGGUAAAAAAGGUUUAAGGGGGGGUGAGGGGAGUAAAAAGGGGGUUACCUUUAAAAAUUGUUUUUUGUUGCAUUCAAGAGGUUUCAAUUUUUUUGCUUUCGGGCAGGGUAAAACUUUUUUUUGGGGGAGAGAGGAGGGGUGGAACUUUUUUUUGAGUAAAAUAUUGUUUCCUGGUUUAUAAAAGUUUUUUUACGCUUUUUGUCAAAAAAAAUUAGUGUGUGGUAAAAACAAUUUUGGGAGUGGAUAAAAAUUUUUUUUAAUUUUUAACUGUGUUAUGUUAAGACUUUCUCAUUUUAUAAACACUCGAAUUUUUAGAAGGAUUCCGAGAUCGACCUUCUGAAAAACUCGCUUGAGGCCGUGAACAAAGAGCUCACGAACACAAGGUCCGAGCUCCAAACCCUCUACACCCAAAACCAAGAACUCACCCAAAGCCAGGAAGAGCAACGCCACGCCUUUGCUGAAAAAUCCCAAGAACAAGAAGUCAUCAUAGUGUCAUUGAAGAAUGACAUUGCCGAAUACGAGCAGAAACGCCUGGAAACCCAUCCAUUGGAUCAAAGCGUCUACGAGCAGGCGGCCAAACAUCUGGAUGAGGUCUAUGAUAAGCUGAACUCAUCGGCCGAAGCUAAACCUGACACUUCCUUUAAAAGCCGCUUGUCAAUUGGUGCAAGCGAAAAGACGAUCAGCCUACAGAAACAUGUUGAAAUGGUCAACAAGCUAAACCUGAAAUUGGAGGUAGGUAGUUUAUUUUUAUUCUUCUUAUUUUUUAUGUGGGAGAGGUAAAAAUAAAAAAAAAUCUUUUUCAGGGGGGGUAAAAAUUUAUAGAGAGAGGGGUUUUAAGGGAAGGUGGUGAUUAUAGAUCUGCUGUUGUUUCGAGCGGCGGGGCUAUCGUUUUUUGUAGGGCGGGGUAAAAAAAUUUUUUUUAUGGAGAGGGGCGGGGGGAGAUGUAAAAAAUUUUGGGGAGGUUUUUUUGAGUGAAGCUGAUGAUUUUAGAUUUGUGGAUGUUUAGAAUAAAAAAGGGUUUGGGUUUUUUCUUGGGCGGGGUAAAAAUUUUUUGGGAGGGGGUGUAAAAAUUUUAGGGCUGAGUUUUUUUUUAUGGAUGAGGAAAACGGCAAAUUAAAACAGAGUGAAAAAUUUCGGGCGGGGUAGCCCCCUUCUUUUUUUGCCUCAAAUUUUUUACUUCUAAAAAUUUUUUUGCACCCACGCCUUUAACAAAAAGUACAAUAAAAUCACAAAUUUAAAUUUUCAGAACCAGGAACGCGAGCUAGCCCAUCGUCUCGAACAAAUGAGCCAGCUGGAAACGUUGAAAGAAACCCAACAACAAUACGAAAGCCUCCAGCUGGAGUACUCGGUGGUCGAAAAGCGUCUGAACAGCCUCCAAGAAGACAACAAACAGCUGAAUGCUCAGCUGAAACAACUAAAACACGAACAUUCGCCGUGCUCACAGAAGAUCACCAGCGCUGAGGCAGCGGUUUCGGCUUUGAAUGGCCAGAUUAAUUUGUUGAAGGUGGGGUUUUUAUAGGUUUUGGGGAGGAGGCGGGUAGGGGAAAGUAGAGAAAUGAAAAUUUUACUGGGUGGGGGAAACUAAUUGAGAAUUUUUAGGGGGUGUGGAUAAAUAAUGAAAAUUUGUCUGGGAUAAAUAAUUGAAAAUUAUUAAAAGGCGUGGGUAGAAAAGUUCAUAUUUUUUAGGGUAGGGGUAGAAAAAUAUUUUUUUAAAGGCGGCGGGGGUUGAAAAAAUAAAAAAUGCGGGGUCACGUGGAAUACAUUUUUAAAAGGAAGGGGUCUUUUUGGGUUGGGUAAAAAAAUGGAAAAUUUUUUAGGGGGGGGGAUGGGAGAAAGUUGAAUUUUUUGAAGGGUAGGGGUACAAAAAAUAACAUUUUUAGGGAUUAAGCGUGGGAAAAUGAAGUUUUUGAGGGCAGGGGUGGGAAAAAUUAAAAAAAAUUUUAAGGGCUGGUUAAAAAUUUUUUUUUUCUAAGCAGGGAUGAAAAAAAAUUUCUUGAAGAAUGGGGUAGAUACUUUUGUUAACAGCAGGACUCAACAUUGAUCUAAAAAUUUUAUUUUUUUAAUUUUCAGACCGAACUCCAAAAAGCCAACGAUGACAUCUCUACUAACAUGGUACCCAAAGACAAAAUGUCGGAAGUUCAAAAGAGACUAGAAUCCGUUAACAAAGCUUAUAAUGAAGUGCAAAGCCGCAGUAACCAUCUCAAAGCACUGGCUAAACGGUACCGUGAUCAGAGUUUGGAUUUGCAAAAAGAACUGGAAGAAGUGGCACCUGAUCGGGCCCAGGCCAUGGCUGAGAAGCACCGCCCUCAAACGGUAGGUUUUUUAAAGAAGGUGGAAAGAAAGGUCUUGAAAUUUGUGGUUUUGGAAAGAAUUUUUUUGCUUUUUUCAUUUUGUAAAGAAAGUUUUUGCUAUUUUUGGUUUGUAAAGAAAGUUUCUGCAAUUUUUUGAUUUGUAAAGAAAGUUCUUGCCAUUUUUUACCGUUUUCCAUUUUCAGACAACCAUUCAAGGUGCCAGCUCUCCAGCUGCAAUCCCAACCCCAGAACGGCCACAAAAACGACGAGUCGAAGCGGCCGAAUCCACCCCCACCACUUCGGAACCCCAACAGAAGCAAUCAAAGGAAGAAUGA